CCUCCUCUCCUCAAACCAAAAAUCUUCUUCUUUUCUUUUUCACCUUCAUUACAUUUUCACCAUAAAAACUCCCUAAUUUAAUCAUACUAUCUAUAAUUUUUUUUAACAAACAAUAUACACCCUGAAGAUACUAAAACAUUUGCAUCUUUUUGUUAAAAGACAAAAGAUGGCGGUUGACUCAGUUCUAUCAUCUCCACUUGGUCCGCCGGUGUGCGAGAAAGAUGCAAAGGCACUCCGUUUUAUUGAGGAAAUGACUCGAAACGCCGACGAAGUUCAACAAAAGGUCUUAGGAGAGAUAUUGACCCGAAACGCCGAAACCGAAUAUCUUCGGCGUUUCAAGCUCAAUGCUGCUAUUGAUAGGGAGACUUUUAAGUCUAAGCUCCCUAUGGUUACUUAUGAAGACCUCCAACCUGAAAUUCAGCGUAUCGCCAAUGGUGAUCGCUCACCUAUUUUGUCUGCUCAUCCCAUCUCCGAGUUUCUUACUAGUUCUGGCACAUCAGCUGGUGAGAGGAAACUGAUGCCCACAAUCCAAGAAGAAUUAGAUCGACGUCAACUACUCUACAGCCUUCUCAUGCCUGUCAUGAAUCUGUACGUGCCAGGACUAGACAAAGGAAAAGGACUUUACUUCUUAUUUGUCAAAUCCGAGACCAAGACUCCAGGUGGGCUUCUGGCCCGACCCGUUCUUACAAGCUACUACAAAAGUGAGCACUUCAAGACCCGCCCGUACGACCCGUACAUGGUCUACACUAGUCCAAAUGAGGCCAUUCUUUGUUCGGAUUCAUACCAAAGUAUGUACUCUCAAAUGUUGUGUGGUUUGUACGAGCGCAACUCUGUACUCCGUCUUGGGGCCGUUUUUGCUUCGGGCCUCUUACGAGCUAUUCGCUUCCUCCAGCUCAACUGGAGGCAGCUAGCUCAAGAUAUUCGGGUCGGUAAGCUUAAUUCAAAAGUUACCGACCCGAAUAUCUGCUCAACUAUGGGUCAGGUUAUGAAACCUGACCCAGAGUUAGCGUAUUUUAUUACCUCGGAGUGUGAGAAGGAUCAAUGGGAGGGGAUUAUAACCCGAAUUUGGCCCAAUACAAAGUACCUUGAUGUGAUAGUUACCGGGGCAAUGGCUCAGUACAUUCCUACAUUGGAUUUUUACAGUGGGGGUUUACCUAUGGCAUGUACGAUGUACGCAUCAUCAGAAUGUUACUUUGGGUUAAAUUUAAACCCUAUGUGUAAACCUUCAGAAGUUUCUUACACCAUCAUGCCAAACAUGGCUUAUUUCGAGUUCCUCUCACUUGAGUCAGCCGGGUCAUCCCCAAGACUCGUUGACCUUGUCAACGUGGAGGUAGGUAAAGAAUAUGAGCUGGUAAUCACUACAUAUGCUGGGUUAUAUAGGUACCGAGUUGGGGACAUACUCCGUGUCACGGGGUUCCACAACUCGGCACCUCAAUUCCACUUUGUAAGGCGUAAGAAUGUACUGCUUAGCAUUGACUCGGACAAAACGGACGAGUCAGAGCUACAAAAAGCGGUCGAAAAUGCUACACAACUUCUUAAAGACUAUAACACAAGUGUUGUUGAGUACACAAGUUAUGCGGACACUAAGACUAUCCCAGGUCAUUACGUGAUAUAUUGGGAAUUACUAGCAAAAGAGUCAGGAAAUUCGGUCCCAAGUAACGUCUUGGAUCAAUGUUGUUUAGCAAUGGAGGAAUCGCUUAAUUCGGUGUAUCGACAGGGUCGAGUAUCGGAUAAUUCAAUCGGGCCGUUAGAAAUUCGGGUUGUAAAAAAUGGUACAUUUGAGGAACUAAUGGAUUAUGCAAUCUCACGUGGUGCAUCAAUAAAUCAGUACAAAGUACCAAGGUGUGUGAAUUUUACACCAAUUAUGGAGUUACUUGACUCACGAGUUUUAUCCGUGAAUUUUAGCCCAAGUCUACCUCAUUGGACUCCAGAGCGUCGUAGGUGAAUAGUGCACCUAAUCAAGAAAUUAAAAGUUGGUAUUUAGAUCUUAGGAAAUUCCCCUUUUUUCUUUUUCUUUUUUUUACUACUUCAAUGCUUCCCUUUCUUUUCUGGACAGUUUUUUCUUUUUCUUUUUUUUACCUUCUUUUUUGUGGGUAAUUAGCCUUUUGAAUUAAGGAAAAAGGUGGUUAAUUAGUUUGGUUUAGCAAGCUUGGGAAGUUAGUUUGUAGUAAAAAAAAGAUGUAAUGAUCAAUGUAAGCUUUUGGGGGUUGUUGUUGGUCUUUAGAAAAGUAGGUUUUGUAAUCUAAAGUAAUUUCAUGUUUGCCUUUUGCAAUUAAUCUCUAACUGUAACUUUAUGCUUUUUCCUCUUCUUUUACUUUUUUAACUUGUACAUUGUAUUUGACAGUGGUUUUUACUGCUGAUGAGUUAUGGAAAAAGUGGUGAAAUUGUGCACA